AUGAUAAACAGAGACGAUGACUAUGAGUACUUAGAUGACUAAUAAGUUGAGAAACUUCUGCAUGAUGACGAUGAGUCCUAGGAAGAUGAGGAGGAGGAAGAAGAGGAAGAGGAGGAAGAAGUAGAGGAAGAUGAUAAAAAAUAGAAAGGAGCAAAUAAAAAGACUAAUAAGGAUUAGGCAAAUAGUAAUGAUGAUAGUCAAGAAAAUUCUCCUGAUGAAUAGGGAUCACCAUCUAAAGCUAAGAAAGAAGCAGCAUAGGCUUAGCAGUUUAUUGAGAUAGAUCCAAUGAUGCAUCUAGUCGAAUUCAUUCUUGGAGACAGAAAGGAAGAUGGAACUCGAAAAUAUCUUAUUAAAUGA